UAAAAUUAAGACAUCCUCCCUAAAUCCUUCCAUGAAUGAUAAACUGGAGACCAAACUGACAUGAUCCCCCCCCUCCCCAAACACUCUACGUCAUCACCCUGCGUCCGGAGUCGACUCUACGGUUUUCCGCUGCACAGAAAGCAGAAGGCUUUUGUAUACUGUAAUAACCUUUAUUUUAUUGCAUCUGACCGAUUCGCAUUUCAAGAGCACUGAUAAAACCAAACGUCUGCGGUUGUAUACAGGCAUUAUACAGAUACUGCAAUCCCAUCUUCGUUGCUUUUGGCCACCCUGCACUGAUAUCGGCGGUAGCCGGGCAUGAAGAUGGACUCCAGCGUGUCUUUCUUAAAGUACGAGCUGGCCGCCACCAUCGAGCAGGCGGUGCGCUGUGCCGUGGAGGCCGUGCUGCGGGAGGCGGCCCGGGUGGUGGGAGCCAAAUUGUCUGCAGCGCAUUCGGCGGCCGCCGAGUCGCACCGGGAGAACCAGAGUCUGCGGGAGCGCUUGGAGAUCUCUGAGAGCGAGCUGAAGGCCGUGCGCUACUACAUGUCGGCGGCCGAGAAGAACAUCAAGCAGUGCCUGCUGCUCAACCAGAACCAGCCCGUCCCCGAUGUGGUGAACCAGCGUCCCGACGACACGCAGUUCCUCCUGUCCCAUACUGACACCUUGACCAGCCCCCUGGGCCGCGGCGCCUCCCGCGGUCCGCUGAGGUCGUUCAGAGCCUCGUCGGGCCGGCCGCAGUUUUCUUCCAAGUCCUUCCCCAGCGUGGGGCUCUGCGUGCCCACGGUGCAGUCGGACUUCGCCAGGGGUGGCGUGAACCGCAGAAGGGUCCGGUGCGCGUCCUCCGCUAGCCUUCCGCAUUCGCAGCACCGGCGGGCCGUGCACGCACCCGAGCUGCAGACGGAGCACAUGCUGGUGACGGCCGACAGUGCCGACAGUCACAUCUAUAUUACAGAUGAGGGGGUCGCAGAUAAAGAAUACUCAGGCCGCCUGUCGGAAGAUGACCCCGGGAAAGUUCACCAAGGCCUGGAAGUGGCUUCUUUGCAGCAGGAGGAGCCUGAAAUGGCCAAAUUCGAGUUCGAGGUGGGGGCUGCAGCUGGGGAUGUGAACGAGCUGGGACUGAUCAGAGUGCUGGAGGAUGGCGAGGAGCUGAAGGAGGGGACUGUCAAAAUCGAGGACGAUGCAGAGGGUCCUGUCACGGAGCCCCUCAUCCCUGAGCCUGUGGUAACACCGCAGCUAACACAGUCGCCGCCUGUGGUCAGUGGUGGUAUCCUAGGUAUAGGCUUCCCUCCCAUAUCGGUGGACGGCCCAGAACUGGCUGUAGCGCCUCUGCCGCCGGGCGACAGCGCUGACAAGGUGCACCGCUGCAACGUGUGCGGCCGCGGCUUCCGCCGCUUCUACUGCCUGAAGACGCACCAGCGCAUCCACACGGGCGAGCGGCCCUACCCCUGCCGCUACUGCGAGAAGCGCUUCCGCCACCUGGACAGCCUGCACAAGCACCAGCGCAUCCACACGGGCGAGAGGCCCUACCGCUGCGCGCAGUGCGGCUGCUGCUUCCGUGAGCUCGGCCAGCUCAAGAAACACCGGCUGACCCAUGCGGGGGCACCGCCGGCUCCCCCCCACCCCGGCCCCGCCCUGCUCGCGCCCGGGCCCCCCUUCGGCUGGUCCCACGUCGGCUCGCAGUCCCUGGAUUCCGCCUGAGAUUGUGACCCAGUGCAGGACAGCAGAGGGAAAAUGCAGAAGUUGCAUGCAGGCUAACAUGCUGAACUCUCCUGCUGCGGCGUGCAAUUUUACGUUGCUUUUUUCUGCCUGUGAACAGCUGAAUUUAGAAUUAGCAUUGUGCUUACCUUUUUGUUUGUCCCCUCACCUAAGGUCUGUUUUAUUAAUCAUUGAAAGAUAAACGGCAAAAGUAUACAGGACAAAAUAAUUUUUUUUGGUCAUGUGCUGUAUGUUUAUUCCGCCUUUAGCUGUACCAGCUGUGUGUAAUGAUGAUACAGGUAUUCUGUCCUCUUUUCUCUUACACCAGAGGACGACUCUUCAUGUCUAUAAUGUGGAUGAAUUGAUCAAUAAAGUUGAUCUUGCAUUACGGUA